UCGUGCACCAAUCGUCUCAGGUCAAAAAACUCUAAAGUCUUUUUGGUCUUUCUUUAAAAAAAUCUCCAACAAAAUUGCGAUUAUACAAUACCAAAAAGAAAAAAAUCGAUAAAAUCGAUUAAAAAUCCCAAAAAAGAAAAAUGGUGAAGCAAUCGAAGGGCGGUUCGAUCGCUCCGUUUUUAUUAAAGUGUUAUGAGAUGGUGAAUGAUCCAACAACAGAUGAUUUAAUAUCAUGGGGUCAAAAUAAUGAUAGUUUUAUUGUUUGGAAUGAAGUUGAUUUUACUAACAAUUUGCUUCCUAAAUAUUUUAAACAUAGUAAUUAUUCCAGCUUUCAACGCCAACUCAAUAUCUAUGGAUUUAGGAAAACGGAUACUGAUAGAUGGGAGUUUGCGAAUGAAGGGUUUAUCAAAGGCCAAGAGCAUUUAUUGAGGUCCAUUGUCAGAAAGAAGGUAACGCCUGCCAAGGCUCAACAAAAUGUUACAGAGCCGGAAGCAGCAGAGCCUGAAGUUGUACACAUUAACAGACUUGAAGAGAACCGACAAGCCAACCUAUGGAAGGAAGUUGAGAGUCUUAAAACCGAUAAGAACAUGUUAAUGCAGGAGCUUGUGAAACAGAGGCAACAUCAAGAUGCCUCACAAACUAAAAUGUUGGUCCUUCGUGAACAGCUAAAAGGGAUGGAAAAAAACCAGCAUCAAAUGUUGUCAUUUAUUGUCAUGGCUAUGCAGAGCCCCGGGUUUUUUGCUCAACUGUCUUCACCUGUAAAAUCUAAAACCAGAUUGAAACCAGUCAGAGAAGUUAGUGAAACAGUAGAGGGUGCAAUUGUGAAAUAUCAGCCACUACCGGUUGAAUCACCAGAUAUGUAUUCUGAAGAGCCAUUUAGAUAUGGUGUUACCUCGGAGGAUAAAGACUAUUUUAUGGAUAUCUGCCCCGGGUCAACCUUUGACGAGAGCAUUGACCCGAGAGAAAACAUGGAUCAAAUUAUUUUUUCUGAUCUGCCUGAUGGUGAUGAUAUGCUAGAUCAGCUUCUUUCUAGUACUAUACCAGAGAAAAAUGAAACAACCAUAGAUCUACUUGAUGAUGAAUAUGGGUCUGCAGAUAUGGGACUGGAUGGCUUCAAAUUUUUGCCCGAAGACUUUGAGAAGUCGGUAAUUGUGUCACCCAGGAGGGAAGCUUUAUUAUAUAGCGAGAUGUAAAAGCUUGUAACGGCAAUACGGGAAUUCUGUUUUUUACUUUCUUAUAUCUAUUAUUAUCCAAUAUUAGCUCUGCUAUUGUGGUCUUGUAAGUUGUAACUGCCAAAUCUCAGCUCUUACAAUCAAUAUUUUGGGUUCAAGACCCAAAUUUUGUAUAAUAUUGAUAUAUAUGUUAAGACGUAGGAGUUUUCCUCGAGAAAA